AUGCAAACAUCUUUAGAGAUCGUUGACAAUACUAAUAUUAAAGGGGAGAAAGAUGAAUUAGAAAAUUUUCUUCCAGAUUAUUUAAACGAUUCUUUACUGAGAAAAAUAAAUGAUCCGGAUCCAAUACCUACUUGUUGGAAUGUAGAUGAUUGUUCUCAAGACCUGAAAGUUGACGAUAAUCUACUUUCGGUUAGAUAUAAUGGAAACAGGAUAGCUGCAGCAGUUAGAGCAAAUCAUCCUAUUCCGGAAGAAACGGGAAUUUAUUAUUUUGAGGUUGAUAUUUUGGAUGGUGGAAAUGGCGAUUUAAUAUCGAUUGGUAUUGCAACGCCAGACUUUCCUCUUGCAAGACAUGAUGGGAUCCAGGUUCAAGAGGCUACCACGGUGAUGAUGGCCUGA